GGAGGCGGGAGUAGGCAGAGACCACACCUAAAUUCCCCUGGCCAACAAACCCCUCCCUUUCACAACUCACUCCAAGAUUUUGACUCAGUGGAUGCCUCAGAAUACAAAUAAACACCCUGCACCUGGAGUGCUGCAGACCAGGAAAAGUUUAAGCUUUGUUUGGCCUCCCUUUUCCCUUUGUUUUUUUCUCUCAUCCUGUUGCUACUACCCAGAAGGGAGAUCCUGUCACUUACGCAUGUUCCCCUCUGCACUGCUCCAGUCACAACGACUCCCUCUCCUGAUAUCCUCAGAAAACUUUCCAGAGGUUUGACUGAGCCAGUGGGUGCCGACUUCCCCACAUUUUUUCCUGUGGAUUAAAGCUGCUGGAUGGAAGAUAAAUCUUUUUCUUGUCAGAAAUUUAUUUUUUUAAUCAGAAACUCUUCUGCCUCUCCAGCAUGAGGGGCACCAUGCCGGGAGGAGUCCUGUGCUGCUUUCUGCUGGGUUGUUUCUUUCAGGAGAGCUUUGGAAUCACCAGAAGAUACUAUAUUGGUGCUGUGGAGACAUACUGGGACUAUGUGCACAGCAGCCUGCUCUCUGUGCUGCAGGCACCAGCUAGAGAUUCAGGGGUCCAAGGUCAAAAGUCACCCAUGUCUGGCAUUUCCACUCGAUACAAGAAGGCGGUGUUUGUGGAAUAUACUGAUUCCUCGUUCACGCAAACUAAGCCCAAACCAGCCUGGAUGGGUCUCCUGGGCCCCACCAUCCGAGCCGAAGUCUAUGACAUGGUGGUUGUUACCUUUAAGAAUCUGGCUUCCCGCCCUUUCAGCCUCCAUGCUGUGGGUGUGACAUACUGGAAAGCAUCAGAGGGGGCAGGGUAUAAGGAUGAAACCAGCCAGGCUGAGAAAGAAGAUGAUGAGGUGGAUCCUGGUAAGACCCACACAUAUGUCUGGGAAAUCCUAGAAGACCAAGGACCAACAGAGUCUGACGCGUCAUGUCUGACCUACUCCUACUUCUCUUACACUGACAGCGUGAAGGACAUCAACUCUGGCUUGAUCGGAGCCCUGCUUGUCUGCAGGCCAGGAGCCCUGACCAAAAAUGGAACCCAGGGCACAUUGCAAGAAUUCGUGCUGCUCUUCUCGGUGAUUGAUGAAGGGAAGAGCUGGUACCCAGAGCCCAACAGCACAGGAACUCCUCGGCCCUUGGCUCAGCUGCAUGCUAUCAAUGGCUACAUCAACGGCUCUCUGCCCGAUCUCCAGUUGUGCCAGAAAAGACCAGUCUAUUGGCACGUCAUUGGGCUGGGUACUGCCCCGGAAGUGCACUCCAUUUUCUUUGAGGGCCACACAUUCUUGGUGAGGAGCCACCGGCAUACAACCUUAGAAAUCUCACCGGCCACCUUCCUCACGGCUCAGACCAUGCCCACCACCAGCGGCAGGUUCCUAAUGUUUUGUCAAAUCCCGGCCCACCGGCAAGCUGGCAUGGAAGCAUACAUCAGUGUGGAAGUCUGCCUGGAAGAGCCCAAGAUGAAGAUGAGGCUAGCCAUAGAUGCACCAGAGGAAGACUAUUAUGAUGACAACUAUGAUCUGGACAACACAGUGAUUAUGUUUGAUGAGAGUGAUUCUUCCCCCUCGAUUGGUGCACGUGCUUUCGCCAAGCAGGAACCUGUGACCUGGAUCCAUUACAUUGCAGCUGAGGAGGUGGAUUGGGAUUAUGCCCCAAUAAUGCCCACUUAUUUGGACAGAAGUUACACAAGUCAGUUUCUUGAAGCUGGUCCUCAGCGAAUUGGUUCAAAGUAUAAGAAGGUGAUGUUUGUGGAAUAUGGGGAUGGGACCUUUAAGAAGCGCAAAGUAUCAGAUCAACGUGACACAGGAAUUCUGGGACCUGUCCUUAAAGGAGAAGUUGGGGAUCAAUUUAUGAUUGUGUUCAAGAAUCUAGCAAGUCGGCCUUACAAUAUCUACCCUCAUGGGCUCACCAGCAUAAGUUCCUAUCACCCAGUGAAGUCUUCUGAAGAUAAAGAUGUGAAGGAUAUACCUAUUGAGCCUGGCCAGUCAUUCAAGUACAGCUGGAAAGUGACAACUGAGGAUGGGCCAGCUGGCUCAGAUCCUCGUUGCCUGACUCAUUUCUACUACAGCUCCAUCAACCCAGUCCGAGACACGGCCUCAGGGCUAAUCGGCCCCCUCUUGAUCUGCUCUAAAGAAUCGAUGGAUCAGAGAGGAAAUCAGAUGAUGUCGGAUGAGACGAGGUUUAUGCUGUUUUCGGUCUUUGAUGAAAACCACAGCUGGUACCUGGCAGAAAAUAUACAGCGGUUCUGCACAGAUGCAGCUACCGUGAACCCCCAGGAUCCUGAAUUCUAUGCUUCAAAUGUUAUGCACAGUAUUAAUGGGUACAUCUUUGACAACCUGCACCUGAAACUUUGCCUGCAUCAAGUGGUGUACUGGUAUGUCUUAAGUGUCGGUGCCCAGACAGACUUCCUGUCUGUUUUCUUCUCUGGAAACACCUUCAAACACAACAUGGUCUUUAAGGACACGCUCACCCUCUUUCCACUUUCUGGAGAAACCGUCUUCAUGAGCAUGGAAAAGCCAGGCAUAUGGAUGGUGGCAUGCCUGAAUCCUGACUUCAGAGACAGAGGAAUGUGGGCAAAGUUCACAGUCUCUGAAUGUAACACUGAUCCAGAACUGUAUUCCUAUGGGGAAUAUUAUGAUUUGAUACCGGAUUACUUGACAAAUGAGGGCAAUGGCCUUCAACCUAGGGGCUUCCCCAAGAAUAAGAGAUGGCGCAGGCUUUGUCUGAGAAAGCAUCAUAAUGUCACCUCUCCCAAAAAGGAAACGGAGACGCUUAACCCACAGCUAACACUCUGCUUGAGAAAACCCAGCCAGCCCCUCAAAUUCAAUAACAGACUUCAAAACAGCAGGAAUAACUCCAUGGACCCCUCUUCCAACAGCACAUCAGUGCUGUCUGAUCUACAUGGCCUUUCACUAUCUUCUCAAGCAGACUUUGAGCCAGUAUCUUAUGAUUCCUUCUCAGAAGAGGCAGGUUUGUCAGAAAUGAUCAGCCCUGAACAAGGAUUUGGAUACCCGUCUCCUGAAGGAAACUCAACACGCUUAAGUGACAUGGUCCAUCAUAACACACACUCAGCCAGCGCUGCAGCAGCUGGCUCAUAUCCAGAAGGAGAUGCUCUCUUCUUUGGAAAGCGUAGACCAAUUCAAGCUGUAGAGAUGGUUAAAGAGAAUUUAGAGCUGCACAAGUCAGUAGACAAUGUGAUGUUCCAACCAACUGCUCCAUUAGCCAACUUAAAAAAAUUUCUUAAAGGGAAUGUUACUUUGGCACAAUUAAAAGAGUCAGCACGUGUGAUGGGCCAUCAGGAACCUUCCUUUAAUGUUGAAGAAACUGGUCUUCAAGGGAAUGAUAGUUCACUGCAACUGAAUGACUCAAAACAUGAUUCUAGGUUUCAAGAAAGGAUUCCAUUAGAUGAAGAAAUGCCUCUAGAAUUGAAUAUUACAUCUUUAAAGCCACACAUACCACUGAAUGAUACAAUAACUACAGAUAACACUUUCCUUAAAGGGAAUAGUACUUCAGCAUCAUUAGACAAGUCAGCAGAUAACACAAGUAUACGUGUCAUCACCUAUGUGAACAGUGGGAAAGCAUUUCUUAAAAGCAAUGGUGCACCGAUACAACUAGACACUAGGUUAGAAAAUGACACCAGGCUUCAAGAAGAGGCUUCGCUGGGCUUUUAUGAAACUUCUCAAGAAGGAAAGUUAAAAAGCCCAGCACAUGAUACCAUGCUUCAAGAGAACACAUCCACUACAAAUGGAGACGUAUUCUUUGAAAAGACUGUAGAGAAGUCUUCAAAUGAUACAGGAAUUCAAAGGACCCCUGCACCACAUCAGGAAGAUCUUCUCCAUGGUAGGACUAACAUAUCGCUGUUAGAUAUCUAUGAUACAGCAGAUCUGAGGCUUGCAGAAAACCAUCCCUUCGACCAUGAGACAAGGAGUGUUACACCACUAGGACAGGAUAAAUCUGGUGAUGGCCUGGGUCUUUCAAAUGUAGAACAUUCCUUGUCUGCAGAAAGUAGCAUCAGGCUAGCCCCAGAUAAACUUAUCAAUGUUACAAGCUUUCUAGAAACAACAUUUCUGGGCCGCAAUGACAUUUUUGCCACCAGCUAUGUUACUACACAAGAAAGCGAUGAAUUAAUAUUGGGGACAAAGUUGCAAAAAGCUACAGAAAACGAGGAAAUGUCUGAAAUGGAGAACGUUGACUUACUCAAAUUAAAUGUUAUGGCCAACGAGAGGAAGCUCGAAAAGGCCCCUUUACAAAGCAGCAAGGACACAUUUCUGAAACACAAGGUUACUGUGCUAAGUUUAGAUGGGCCAACAAAUGAAAACAACAGCUUAUUAGAUAAUGAGGAAAUUUAUCUAAAUGAGAAAGUGACUCCAGCAGAGUUAGUGGACUUGAUAAAUGGAACAGGUCUCCUGGAGGCCAAUUCAUCAGACAAAGAAGAAACACUCCAUAAAAGUAAGAGAAUGGAGCUGGACUCUGACAGCCAGACUCCUGGAAAGCUAGUGCAAAGGACAGCUUUCAAGCCCUGUGAUCAAAACUCUCAGGGAUGCAGCACUCAUGUAAAAAAGAGGUCCCUGGAAUCACAUGGAACUUCACUGGAAGAAACAGAGGUGCAGCAAGGACUGGAGGAUAAAGCCAGAGCAUUGAAGGGAAAGCAGAGCUCUGGUAAACAUACAGGAGGAAUCGGAGCUAUGCUUAGAGGCACUAUCAAGAUAAUCUACAAUGAUAGAGCAAACCACCUUGCUGCUAGGCCACUCUUGGUUGACACAACAGCAAGAGAUCAUGGAGCAACUGGCACUGAUAACCCCACAGGAUACCUCAGGGAUGUGUCAGCUUCUCUUCCAUCAAGCCCUAGCCAGGCAGAUGCACUAUCAUACCAUGCCAGCAGUCAUGAGCCACCAGCAGUAGAAGGACACUAUGACAACCAAGGUGAAAGUGAUACAGCUCAGAAAGGAGGUAACUCCUCUCUGAAGGUGGAAGAGUCAGAGGAGGAGAAAACUAGUGCUACUUCUGCCUAUUCAAGUGAGAAAACUAACAAAGAUGAACAGGAGGUAGGAACUGAGGCAGACACAAAGCCCACUGCAUCAGCAGGAGAGCGAACGACAAGUAUGGUCCCCAUCUCAACACAGGUUGUGGGGCAAGUGAGUGGAAUUAAGACUCCUGCAGUAACUGCAAUGCAGCGUAAAAGGGGUGUUGAUUGGGAGGCACAUUUGAGCUUGCAGCCCAAGGGAAAUGUGACAGAUGGGGAAGUGAGCACCUUGGACCAGCUGGAGCUGAAGGAAAUGUGGAUCUUCAGUAAACUGCAGCAGGAUAUCGAAUCUAGUGCUGUUAAGGACCAAGUAUUAGGAACUGAAUCUAAGGAUUUUCCAGCAAGCAAAGACGUCUCAGAGAUCCUGACAAAACGGGCCUCCAAAGAAAACUAUCCACUUCCCCAAGAUGGCAUGGCUCUCAACCAGACUCUUAAAGGGGACCAAUGGAAGCUGAAUUACAGACAGCAAGAAAAUCAAGUGUUUAAAGGGGAAGACGCCAUUCCCCUCUCAGGUAGUAAAAUACAGACACCAGAAUGGAAGGAGGUGGUGCAGGGGGUAGAUGGGACACAGAACAGCGGGGAAAGCACCAGCAAAGCAAAGAACAGGAGCUCCUCUCCUGGAUCCGAGGAAUAUUUUGACACCUCUGGAGAACCCAAUGCCCUAAAUAAUAUGGUCAAGUCCAACAUCUCAGUGCCCCAGAAGGAAAAAUCAGACUAUGACGACUACAGCAAACCUGAGAGAGACAUUGAGGAGUUUGACAUCUAUGGGGAGGAGAACCAAGAUCUGCGCACCUUCACUGGGAGGGUCCAGCAGUAUUUCAUUGCAGCUGUCGAGGUGCUGUGGGAAUAUGAGAGUCAGAGACCCCAACACUUUCUAAAAUUGAAAGGCCCAAGUAGGGGCUGGAGGAAGCCCUUCCAGCCAUACAAGAAAGUGGUUUUCCGAGGGUACCUGGACAACUCUUUUACCCAGCCGCUGGUGCGUGGGGAGCUGGAUGAACACUUGGGAAUCCUAGGGCCAUACAUCAGGGCGGAAGUUGAUGAUGUCAUAAUGGUUAGCUUCAAGAACCUAGCUUCCCGGCCUUACUCCUUCCAUUCCAACCUCCUGCCCUACCAAGGUGGCCUGGGGGAAAACAGCACACCCAGCCAGGAAGCGGUGCAGCCUGGCGAGCUCCGCGAGUACUCCUGGAAGGUGCUGCCCCAGAUGGCACCCACUGUCAAUGAGUUUGACUGCAAGGCUUGGACUUACUUCUCCAGCGUUAACCUGGAGAAGGAUCUGCACUCUGGCCUGGUUGGGCCGCUGCUUAUCUGCCGCCCCGGCAUCUUGAGCCCUGCCUUCGGGAGGCAGCUGGCGGUGCAGGAGUUCUCUCUGCUCUUCACUAUCUUUGAUGAGACCAAAAGCUGGUACCUCGCUGAGAACAUGGAGAGGAACUGCCCACCCCUUUGCCAGAUCCAGCCAGACGAUCCUGACUUUAGAAGAAGCAGCUACUUCCAUGCUAUCAACGGCUACGUGAUGGACGCACUGCCUGGGCUGGUGAUGGCUCAGCACCAAAGGGUGCGAUGGUACCUGCUGAAUGUGGGCGGCACUGAGGACAUCCACUCGGUCUAUUUUCACGGGCAACUGUUUGCCAUUAGGACGAACCAUGAAUAUCGAAUGGGAGUCUACAACCUCUAUCCUGGUGUCUUUGGAACGGUGGAAAUGCGCCCCUCCCACGCAGGGAUCUGGCGGGUGGAAUGUGAGGUUGGAGAGCACCAGCAGGCUGGAAUGAGCGCCCUGUUCCUUGUGUAUGACCCGAAGUGCCAGAACCCCCUUGGCCUGGCUUCCGGUAAUAUUGCGGAUGCUCAGAUCACAGCUUCAGGGCAGUACGGUCAAUGGGCGCCUAGGCUGGCCCGGUUAGAUCAUUCGGGGUCUGUCAAUGCUUGGAGCACUGACAGCGGCAACUCCUGGAUUCAGGUGGAUCUGCUGCGUCCCAUGAUCCUUCAUGGCAUAAAGACCCAGGGAGCCCGGCAAAAGCUCUCCAGCCUCUACAUCUCCCAGUUCAUCAUCUUCUAUGGUCUUGAUGGGGAGAGGUGGAAGAGAUACAAAGGGAAUGCCACCAGCUCCCAGAUGGUGUUCUUUGGGAAUGUGGAUGCAACAGGGGUGAAAGAUAAUCGUUUCAAUCCCCCAAUCAUAGCCCGAUAUAUCCGCCUCCACCCCACACACUACAGCAUUCGGACCACGCUGCGCAUGGAACUCAUUGGCUGUGAUCUGAACAGCUGUUCCAUGCCUUUAGGAAUGGAGAACAAAAGUAUUUCCAACCAGCAGAUCUCCGCCUCCUCCUACAGUGAGAACAUGUUCUCCAGCUGGGCUCCCUCCCAAGCCCGACUUAACCUGCAGGAGAGGACUAAUGCCUGGAAGCCAAAGGUGAACAGCCCCAAUGAGUGGUUGCAGGUGGACUUUGAGAAGAUCAUGAGAGUCACUGGAAUUGUAACCCAGGGCGCCAAAGCCAUCUUCAGUAAAAUGUUUGUGAAGGAGUUUGCUGUCUCCAGCAGUCAGGACGGCUCGCGUUGGACUCCAGUUCUCCAGGAUGGCGAGGAGAAGAUCUUCAAGGGCAACCAAAAUCACUUCAGCACAGUGGUGAACUCCCUGGAUCCUCCACUCUUUGCCCGGUAUCUAAGGAUACACCCCCGCCGGUGGCAAAACCACAUUGCCCUGAGGAUGGAGUUCUUAGGCUGCGACGCCCAGCAAACAUACUGAUGGGCUGAUAGCUUUGGAUUAAAGGACCUAGCUUUGGCUGGACACAGAACCAUCACCAAGCCUGGAGCGAUCCAAAGAGGAAGAUCUUCCAAAGCCCCUAUGAAGGGCCACAUUCACUGCAGGUCUAAGCAGAAGCAGCAUCAUUCACUUCCGUGGAGUUUCAUGUAUUUACACUAGCUGGGUUGGGAAUGUGGCACAGAGCACUCCAAGUGGUUGGAAGAAAGGGGCCUGCAAAGGUUUAUGUGUCGCCUGCCCUUCCCCUGUCUUUCUUUUUCUCAUAUACUGUGUGCCAUAUAGUCGGAACAUAGCACUAAAUAAUUAAACAGUAAUUUUCCAGCAAACAUCUGCCGCCACCCCCCCACACCCUCUCACCUGUCUUCCCCAGCUCAGCCAGCCUUGAAAUCCCCAUGGGGCUUAGAGUCAGCAUUCAUAGCAGCUAAUAAUUAUUUAGCAGCUGAGAUCUGCUUCGUUAUUUUCCAUAAACUCUCAGUGACCUGGCCCUCGCCCCAGCACAAGCGAUGGAGGGUGUGGUCUGGAGGGAGAGAUAAGAACAUCGCCCAAGGGCCGUGUUUUGCAAUCAGUUGGGGUUCAGCGCACCCAGUGGCCCCUGCCAGAGUCCAGGCUGGAGCUGUGCUAGCUAGGUGCAAUGCCUGAAGCCAGCAGCCAUGCAGCCUGACUCAAGGCUGUGGGAUUUGCCCCACAUGCCCUUUUGUUUCCCUUCCUUUGCUGAGUCAAUAGUGCUCCUGCACUGUCAUGGCCCAGUGCCACCAUUCUGUCUUCAGCAAAUUGCUCUCUUGUUGGCAGUCAUCUCCUGGAGCAAACACUCCUUCUCCUGGGGCUUUUCUCCCUUUCUGUGCUCUCGGUAGCCUGCUAUGGGACUUUGGCCCGACAUGCUGAUAGCACGUAGAGUGCAGCCCAGGCAGGCUCUCAGAUUGUCACAAACAAGGAUACUUUCUGUCACACACACGUACCCACCCCCACCAGAUGCUCUGUCAGGCCAGGGACCAUUGGAGGUUGGGAACAUUUUACAGUAAGGCAAUCUAGCCCAGAUAGCAUCUUCACACUGAGCCUCGUACGUUAGGGGAAUCUGGAGUAGGAGCUGGAUUUGGCUGUUAUGCUCUUUCUCUGCUUUGGCUGAACCCAAUGGCUGCUUUCCCAUUAACUUUAGGUAGACUGGGCCUGGAUCCAAACCGCGUGACUUGCGACCAUCUCGGCUUAUGCUAGUGUCUGCUGCUAGCAUAUUAGAAACAACAGUGCUUGGAGCGCUAUGAUUAGACUAGACUGCCAGGCUGUGAUCCAGUCCCUUUCCCAGGCUGCACUAUAGACACUGGCCACACACUGUGUAGAAUCCAAACUCGCUGCCUCCUGAGGGUUGGCUUUAUUAACAAGGCCACAAUAAGAUAAUGUUCAACUCAAACUUUCUCCCGUGGCUUGGGUGCGCCUAAGGCUCCUCUUUCUUGACUACUCAGCCUACACCCCAGAUCCUCAGUCCCCAGAGGGCCUGUCCUACCUCCCUUAUAUCCAAGUGGGGUAAUGAGUUACCUGCCUUGGAGACUCAGCAGAACACAAUUAACGAUUUCCCAGCAGGUUCACCAGGGUGGAUGGAGUAUUUCAGGCAAACACUGCGAGCCUGUGACAGGCACAGAGAUGGACUGACCCCACCUCGGGAGCACAGCCAGUCAAAGAGCAGGCAUGGACCCCUCAGUAUUAUGGUCCUGGUGUGGUUAUAGUUAGGUUCUGGUGUUUUCAGAUGGGUGCCCACCUACAAUGACCUUUUCACUUCUUCCCCUGGCACAUUUUUUCUGGGUGUUACAACUACCAAAUCCCCAAUCUGUGCAGACAUUGUUUAAAUUGAACUGAACAAAAAUAAAAUCGAUCUUACUGAGGUAAUCCUAAUAAAGUCCAGACUCCA